UGGCGACACCAGUGACUGCACAGCGGCGGAGGACCGCUUUCAGAAUUCGCUGCAAGAAUCCUUCACGUGCGGUGCCGUUACGGCCUCGUCAGCGAUGCCUCCAUUCUUCCAAGCCUCCCUCCUGAUAGCAGAAGAUUCAACAUCAGUGGAAGCAGGCAUGCUCCUUGUGCAGUCGCAGUUAUUCCGCUGCAUCGGCUGCGCACUAUUGACUGUCGCCAUCGAAUUCUGCUGCACGGAUUUGGAUGUCGGAGGACUGUACCCCAAAAGACCCGGUGAUAUUCAUCGAGCCGUGGCAGUUCUUCCUGUGCAUCGGUGGUGGACUCAUAUCGCUACUUCUCUGCUGCCACCAUCGGCACAAAGGCAAUGGAUGACCGCCUCACGUGUGAACUCGUGUUGUCUGGAACUGAGUGCGACUCCAUACAUGAUGAGCAGGAACAAAGUGACUGCGAAAGAGCAAUCGAGGAACACCAUAGCGUGAAGGCAGCGUUUCUCGGUAACACCGACGUUGCCCUCAUGGCACGGAUUGUAUACGCCGGUGGAAGCGGGCCUGUCUGUCACGUGACUUGAAGACUGCACAGCGGCGGAGGACCACUUUCAGAAUUCGCUGCAAGAAUCGUUCACGUACGGUGCCGUUACGUACUCGUCAACGAUGGCUCCAUUCUUCCGAGCCUCCCUCCUGAUCUCCUGAUAGCAGAAGAAAUUGGCUGCGCAGUUUUGGAUGCCAUGGGAUUCAACAUCAGUGGAAGCAGGCACGCUCCCUGUGCAGUCGCAGUUAUUCAGCUGCAUCGGCUGCGCACUAUUGACUGUCGCCAUCGGAAUUCACUGUGCAGUUUUGGAUGCCUGGGGAAUUCUGCUGCCCGGAUUUGGAUGUCGGAGGACUGUACCCCAAAAGACCCGGUGAUAUUCAUCGAGCAGUGGCAGUUCUUCCUGUGCAUCGGUGGUGGACUCAUAUCGCUACUUCUCUGCUGCCACCGUCGGCACAAAGGCUGUAGUCGACCGCCUCACGUGUGAACUCGUCUUGUCUGGAACGGAUUGUGACACAAUACAUGAUGAACAGGAACGAAGUGACCGCGAGAGAGCGAUCGAGGACCACCAUAGCGUGAAGGUACCGUCUGCAACAAGUCAAGCAGGGAAACUCUCAGAAAUUUCAUUGCCACCAGCAAUUUUAAGGCUUCUUGUAAACCUGUCAAGGAAUUUGGUGAGCCUUCCACAAGCAUGGCUGUGCAUGGCAUCGUACAACUAUAGAUUCUACAUCAAUGGAAGCAGGCAUAUUCCCCGUGCAGUGGCAGUUAUUCACCUGCAUUGGAUGCGCACUCAUCACUAGUUCCCUGCUGUCACCACGGGAAGCACUGGCCGAGCGGGAUGCUGCGGCCCCGUUGAGUUCAUUGACAUAUUGGAGGAGGCAAAUCAGGAGGGUCCACGCAGGCUCUUCGGCGUAAAUAGAGGCGCAAAGGCCAUAGACCACCUGAGGUGUGGACUCGUUCUUUUCUGGAACGGACUGCAUGGCACUCGACAUCUGGCGACCGGGAGCAAAGCGACAGCGAGAGGACGCUGGAUGAUCUAGCAAGCGGGAAGGUACUUUCUCCAACACCACUGAACGCCAGACAGCUGGAGGACCACCCAACGGUUCUCAUUCACAAGAAAGGCGACGAGUCCAACCCCCGAAGCUGGGACCCUAUCGCACUUGGCGACACAGCCGCCAAGCUCUACGCCAAGUGCCUAGGAGGGCGAUUGCAAGACUGGCUGGGAGAGCACAGCAUCCUCUCCCCUUGCCAGAAUGCGCUUAUCCCUCACGACGGAGUGUUUGAGCACAACUUUGUCCUUCGGGAACAAAGCCCGCAGCGGUGAUGGGGACGUCUGCGUCACGUUCCUCGAUUUCCCCAGCGCCUAUGGGUCCAUUCCCCAUCAGGCGUUGUUAGAUGCACUUUGGGGAGCUGGCGCAAUCAAUUCGUUGACCUCAUCGCCGACUUGUACACCGACAACCGUACGAGGAUCGUCGCUGCAGGCGGCAUCAACCCGCCCAUCCCCAUCCUUGAUGGGAUCCGUCAGGGCUGUCCUCUCAGCGGGCUAUUGUUUAACCUUGUCGUUGACCUCAUCAUUGGGGACAUAUAGGGUGGUGAUCGUGCACAUAACAUCCUGGCUUACGCCGCCAAUUUCGACACCCUUAGCCGCCAAUACCGUGGUGUUGCAGGCCCGCAUUAAGCGUAUUGAAGCUCUUGCUUCGGAGAUUGGUCUGGCCCUCAACCCCACCAAAUGCCGCUCCCUCCACCUGCGCGGAGUCCAUCCGGUGGCCGGGGACCAGAUCCCCGAACAAGGGGCUGUUUGUUGGUCAUGCAGUGGCAGAGUACGUGGGGUAAGGUCUCCCGCACGUACCCACAGACUGCACCGCUGGUCACGGCCGGACAUCCACGGGCAGGAUCCGUUUAAGGGUAGAAGGUUCAGCCGGGCCUUGUGAAUGAACCGCCAGGCCGCAAACCGGGAGGACCCCGGAGUGCACAAAGUGAGAACUGGCGGGGUCGGUGGCCACGCACUGCAGCACCUUGCCUUGGCUCGGUUUGCUGUGGAAAACCGAAUCCCUGGCAGCCGAUUGAAUGGCGCGAGGCCAGCAACUGCAGCACAACAAAUCCAGCAAGAAAUUGCCGCCAGUCAUUUUAAGGCUUCAUUGCAACCUGGAAUAUACGUGGUGCAUCAUUCUACAGAAAUAGAUUUGCCUGUCAUCGGACAACUGUUUGCAAGCUGGCCCCCUGCGUGGCACUUGUCUAGACUGGCUAUGCUUCCGUAAUUUCUUCAUCGCGAAUUUAUAGCUAAUACAUAAUUUUUUUACUACGAAGAAGAAAGUAUGGACUUGCCAGUACAUAGUUUCCUCGCCGUUUGCAUGUGGUGCCGAGAGCACGCGUUAUGUAAUUUAACAUUACAUGGAAUGUAUUAUUCAGAAAUCUCAAAAGGAAUGGUACAUAUUAACCUUUUAUUCAACACAUGAGCCGAGUAACGCCUUCCAAAAGGAAUAGAAUAUUAAAGUAACGAAAAACAAUUUA